AUGGCUUCUGGAAGGCUCAUUAAAUUUGUGGUUUUUGAGCUUCUAGAGUUUGCUGCUUUCUCUGUCCCUACACUUGUGAUCACGGAACAGUUUGCCACCGCCUACCAACGAACAAGGGCCAGGUCCGACAACACACACUACUGGCUGAUCGUCUCCUGUUCUAUUGCCUAUGUUGCGUUGGUGACUCUUCUGAUAUGGGUUCCUGUAAAAGUUCUCCUGCAUAAGAAGCGUUAUCUUUACAAAAAGAUCAAAGGAUGGAGACCCGUUCUGAUGAUGUGUGUGGUCCUCACCACACUGCCCUCCCUCACCUUUUCCAUAGCAGUGACUGAGGUUCAGAAGAGCAUUAAUGGGUCCCCUGAUGUCUUACCUGAUAGGUUACCUGACCUGCCGGUAUCUUUGGUUCUGUUUUCCCUGAUCAUGGUUGAUAUUAUUGAAAAACUCAGGAUAUAUCCUCUUAGAGGGUAUCAAAAGAGUAGUCAAAAUGGACACAUCUAUUCAACCUCUUUGCAACAAAUAAAAACUGUGACAGAGCAAGUGAGGCAAAGUCCAGACAACGCUGCAUCUCCCCAGGCAACCGGCAGCACUCAGGUGUCCCAGCCAUCAGGAGCCAGGACGCAGAGCCAGGUGUCUGUGUUCAUGGGGCCCCAGGAGCCCUCCUGUGACUCGGGAAUUCUGAGAACCAUGUCCCGGGGAGAUGACCGGGCAGAGAUAGUCUUAUGGAGCUUUCUCCUGUGGUCUGACACGAUAGAAAUGGUGCGUGUGGCUGGUCACUCCAAUGUGUACAAGUCAAGCUGGCUAUACCCAGUCUACAUUUUCAGUUUUAUUUCUCUCCUUCGAAUUACAUUCACUCCCCAAAACCCUCUUCUCAAUUCCCUGGGCAUCCUGCUGCAAGAUUUACCAUUUGUUUUUGUUAGACUUGCUUUAAUCAUUGCGCUUGGGACCAUCACACCUGUACUGGGCCUGUGUAAAAAUGUCCUCGUGACUCUCUCUUAUAUUUACUUCAAUUACGUAACCAGACUCAGGUCUUUUUCUGCCUUUGAAAUGUCUCCAUUUUAAAAAGAAA